UUGACGUCGCGCCAUAACGUCUGAAUAUUUACCAUAUUAGACAUGCAUUUUUCGGCAAUAUCAAAGGAAAACUUUGCCUUUCACAGAUUCACGGAACUGGCGUAUUAUUAUAUAGAUUUGUACUAUUAUUAUAUAGAUUGAAAUCCAUUUUUGAUUUUUGUAAUAGAGUAAAGGAACUUGGAAUAUUCGUAAAUAAAGAACUGACAUGACAACUAGCCAUGUAAUUAACUUCACGAACUUUAACUUUAAUUAAUCAAUUUUUCGUGGUAGAGAUAAACGAUAACAGAAAUUUAAACUUCUUCUUGCCGAUGUUGAAAGUAAAAUGUUUCGAUACAAGAUUGGUAAAUUUAUCCUUCUAACAGGAGGAUGUCUCUUCUUCGUGCAAUAUUCCAUACUGUUCUACUACAGGCAAAGAGGAGACGUUUUUAUACGUAAUAAUAGUUGUUAUCAAGUUUCCACACCAAACAUACCGAAAGUAAGAAUGCUCAGCGGAUUUUCAAGAUUGAGAAAAACAAUGCAAGAACCUUGUAAACAAAAUAUGUUAUGGAGUCAAAGAAAGCAAAAUAAUUCCUUUUUACGAACAGAUUUUGAUAGUACGCAAUUUAUUUUAACAUCAGAUGCUUCAGGAAGUUCAGUCGCCAUUAAUAUUAUAACCUAUGCAAACGGAGAGAAAAAAAAUUAUGGAGGCGAUUUUUGGUGGAUGGAAAUACGAGGCACCAGUUCGAUAUAUUCUGAUAUCUUAGAUAACAUGGAUGGUACCUAUGAGGCGCAGUUUCGACUACCAGAAGCUGGUAAAUAUGAAAUCAAAUUGACUUUAGAAUUUAGUCAGUGCGACGGAUUACGCGAUCCUCCUGUAUGGUGGUUCAUCAAUGGAACAGAACAUGGAAAAUAUCAAACAGCCAUACUUGAUAAGUCAAGUGAUUAUAUAGACAAAAGUAAGAAAUUAUAUGUUGAAAACAAAUCUCGAAAAGCAGUGAAGCUAUCAUCGGAUAAAAAUAAGUAUGAUUUAAGCUGCAAGUAUAUUAACCAUCCACAUGGGUACUGGAAAACAAUUGGAAGCGAGAAAAAAUAUACCACCUAUACUGAAUUGAAACAUAAAAAAGAAGCAAGUUUUCCAAAAAAAAAUAAUACAUUUUGGGUUUAUGGUGAUUCAGUUGGAAUGCAAUUUUAUAGUUAUCUGUUGAAGAAUCAUACAAUAUGCAGUCAGUUUAGACAUUGUCGGGCAGAUAAAGGCUGGAUUUAUCCAUUUUUACCUGGAAUCUCUAUAAAAAAAUACGAUCAAAAAGAUUUUAAUGAAACAAUAACAUUAAAUAAGAUUGAGAGUAUACUAACAGACAAAUUAAUGGUGAACAGUAAAAGUAUAUUCCUAAUUAAUUUUGGAUUGCAUAUGAUGAUGGAUCUAUCAUUUAUGAAAGCAUCCCAACUUUUUCUAAACUUCAUAAAACUACUGAAAACCUUGAGAAAGAAACAGGAAAUAGCUAAAAUUAUUUGGAAAACUACAACUCCAGUUCUUUCUAAAAAAGGAAUGAAUUCUGAAAGAUUUUUAACAAGACAGCGAAUUAUUCUAUGGAACGCUUUCACUAAAGAAGUUAUUUGCAGGGAAGGAAUACCAAUUCUUGAUGUAUAUGAAAUGGCAGCAUCAUAUCCAGAAGGAAGUACGGACGGAGUACACUUUGCAGACAAAGUUUUCGAGAGCGCAGCUGUUGCCUUGAUAACACAUAUCCAAUAUGCUAUUUAAUUUAUAAACUUGUAUGGUGUAUCGUCAACUUGCUUCAAAAUUUAUGUUAUGCAUAAUUUUAGACAGACUUUGCUUUAGAAAGCUUGCAGCAUGUUUGUUAGCCUGCUCUACUGACCUUUCUUCGAGGAUAUUAAAAUUGACUUUUUCUCAUAUUAAAGUCUAAUUUUUAACAGUUUUAUAUUUUGGGUCCAGUGUGUCGUCCUCCAGAGUUUUAGGUGAAAAUUUACCCUAAACAUGUACUUUUUAUAUCUCUACGAACAUUUUCCAUAUCAAAACAUUCCUAGGUCUUUGUGUCUAGACUUUUUUUGUUAUGAUGGCUGUAACAUGUAACUUGAUUUAUUAUGGAGCCAUUCGGUCUGGUCUUCAAAAUCAAUACUGUUAACAUGAACUUUUAUUCAGCAGCCGUGCCAUGCUCAAUUCGCCUCUCCUUUAAUCUAUAUUUCAAAAUAGGUGCACGACAAACCAAUAUGGGCUUUUUAUGGGCUAGCAAUACAAAGUUUUAAAAGUAAGUAUCUAAUAUUAGUUGUACAACAUUUCUAAUACAACUGUGGAAUUAUAAAGUUUAAGUUUAGCUAGAUGUAAUGAUCGCGGUAAUUAAUUAACUUUACCUGUUUCCAGGUGUACACAAUCUUUAUUCAAUUGAUAAUCUUUACUGUCCUUCUUUAUUGUGUAGAGCUCUAUACAAUCUUUUUUGUGUAGUCAUUUGAAUUUUGAUGACGUCAGCAAUGACCCGUCCAUAUAGGAAGAAAAAUUUAGAAACUU